AUGUGGAUGCUUGAGCAUGCCCCUUUCGACUGGAGUGCGGCCCAGGCUCUCGAGGCUGUAUCGAGCAUCUUUGCAGAAGUGACCAUGACUCGUCAGCAGCGCACGCGUAAGGGAAUCAACUUCUUUUUCAAAGCUGCUCACACCACUGAUCACGAUGUCGUUGCCCUUCCUUUUGAUGAUGGGGACCAGACUGAAAUUAUGUGGUGCAGAUGGGCGCCGGUCCGCGCAAGACCCCAAGCCCAAACCAUCAGAACGAAUGGCUCCUGGUCGCUGUUGCCUCCGCGUGACCCCUUUGGGGAAACCACCAAGGUUGCACAAGUUGUUCAGCCGGAAGAGGACGAAAAUCAGCCGGAGGAUGACGCUGCCAUGAAAUCGGCCAACUCAAAGGAGGCUGCUCAGGAAGCUAAAGAGGCCAAGGAUGAGAAAGAGGCAAAAAGGGGCUCCCCGAGCAAAGGCACGGGCGCUGCAAAACGCACGUGCACUGAAACCCGGGACCUUCCCAAAGGCAUGGUGCAAGAAAGCGCCCCGACCGACGGUAAUUGCCUUUUUUUCCAUGCUGCAUCCUCGGCCUUAGCUCAUGUUCUCAAGACCAAGCCAGAACCGCACAGCGUAUUACGCGCCAAAGUAGCACAACACUUUACUAAACACAAAGAGCGGUACGAACUUGCUUGGGAUAGAGAGAUGCCUAACAAGGCUCCCGCCAGUUCGUUUACAGAGUAUAUCAAUGCUAUAGCGGAGGUCGGGACAUGGUCAGGCCAUCUAGAACUCGCCGCACUAGGGCGCAUUUUUGACGUUAAAUUCGUCAUUUACCCCCGGUCGCCUGAACUUGAGGUGUGCGCUGUCCAUGUUCAGCAGCGUAAAAGGGUUGUAGUCUUGGCUUUUAAUGGCAGCCAUUAUGAGUGGCUCCGGCCAGUCGAUAAACUGCCGCAGGAACUGCGAGAUGUUGUUACUGCCCCGCCAAACGUGCCCAUGACAGGGGGUGGCAAAACAUCCUCUGUUGGAACCAGCGCUGCUGCUUCGAGGCACUCGGUCUGGACAUUGCCCUCACAGCGCUCGUGCAGUCACAAGUCGGUCUGGACAAAGGCCCAGGUCACCAUCAGCUCGAGCAAAGGAUCAGUUUGGACCGAGCCCGGAUCCCCUGCUGAACAAGGCAGGAAUGAGGAUGUGUCCGUGCUCCCCGCUGCCUCUGAGACGACGGCGGUUGCAAGCCAUGAUCAGCAUGAUGGAGAACUCCUCACCGGCCCUACCCCACCAACUGACCGCCAAAUCAGGUACUGGGGCCGUGCGGGGCUGUGUCUUGAUCGUAAGACUGCUGUUGUCUGUCCUUUGUGCCCUUUCAGGGCCACCGCCAAAAAUGCCAUUGCCCGCCAGACCAUGCUUUAUAGCCAUUACAAAGCCCAUCACCCUGGUCAGGUACCUUCAGGCGUGUUGCAUGGUCGGCGGCAGCCUUCUCUGAUUCGUGCAGGCCGAGGCCAGGCGCUUCACUGGAAGUGCCCGAUUUGCAAUUUCGGGAUUGCCGCGCAGGAUGCUUUUUCAAAAAGUGCAGACGCUGUCACUGCUGACAAGCGGGCCCACUGCACGCAAGCACAUCCUGAUACUUCCUGGAAAAAGUUCAAGGCCCUUGACCGUGCCAGCACCAUUGAGAAGGCGGCCGUCACACGAAGGGGCCGUGAGUGCAUCAAGCGCCUUAGCAAAGCCAAGGGUACUGACCUUGAGGGUUUUAGGUUGUUCUGCUGGCCGAGGGCAGCGCCUUCCAAAACCUUUAAGGCUCAAGGUGGUCUUGCGGCAUCUUUUGGAUGGAUGUGUCUGAACUGCUGCGGUCCCUUUCGCACCUCUGGGGAUGCCCUUUCCCACGCCAAAAGGGGACUGUGUAACAAGGAGACCGCCCAAAAGAAAGCCAAGCGCCGUGUCAAGGCCAUUGAAGUGCUUGCCAAGGCUCAUGGCAAAAACACGCCUCCCGGAGCGAAAAAGCAGCGUGAGAGCAAAUUGCUCCAACAGGCCCGAGACAUUUUCAAUUUGCCGUUUUCGUCCGACUAG